UUGAUUGAUUAUCACCAUGUUAAUAUCCAUCAUGAUGCACGUUGGGGAACGAAAUUACAGUGGUUAUCGGAGUUACCCAAAAGGAAAAGAGGAAUUGCCAGCAGCACUGUGUACUGUGGGGGCACAUGCGAUGAUCGUUAAACGUUUAUGAUGCACUCCCUACAGAAUUUUUUGGACCACGUUCUUAGACUCCCCGCCAUUGAUCAUAAUGAUCGCGCAUAUCUGCUAUAAAUUAUGCGUUCUGCUAUUCGCUCUACCGUUCUGCAUCGCAGAGUCGGCAUCCAGCUAUGCAGGAUCAACCAUUGUUGAUUCUUAUCCUCCCCCCAGUGCUACUAGCGACCCUUCUGUCGACGCUUACUUCCCAGAUGGAUCUCAAGUUGGUUAUCCAGGUCCAACGCCUACUGGUGCUGAACCUGCGGCCAUUGUCACGGCUAUCCCGUUCGCUAAGGUCGAAAACGCAUUUCCCUUGUCAAGGCCCAAAGCAGCAGGCGGCGCAGACACCAAUUUCAAUGUGAUGCGUCACUGGGGCAACUUGGCCCCCAUGUACUCUGUGGAGUCAUUUGGUCUUCCUGAUGCAUGCCCCAUCAUCCCAGAAGGGUGUGGCAUCAACGCGGUACAUCUCUUGAUGCGCCAUGGCGCCCGCUAUCCAACAUCUGGCGAGGGAGUUGCUGAAUUUGCCUCAGAAAUCCAUGCUGCUGCAUCGAAAGAAGGCUUCGAUGUCACAGGUGAUUUGGAAUUCUUGGCAACCUGGACGUAUAAGUUGGGUGCGGAGAUUUUGACGCCUUAUGGUCGCGACUCGCUCAACGGAGUUGCCUUCCGCUACAGAUAUGGCGAGUUGCUUAACGCCUUCACGGACCUCCCAGUAUUUCGUACCACUUCUGAGGAUCGCAUGUUGGAUUCUGCCCUGAACUUUGCUGCCGGAUUUUUUGGCCUCAAAACUUACGAGACCGACUAUCACCAGGAGAUUAUCAUCGAGGAGAACAACUUCAACAACACCCUCGCUCCUUAUGAUGUGUGCCCCAACGUCAAUACGGAGGACGUUGGUAACUUCGGUGGCAUUCAGGGUCAGAAAUGGGCGGAUAUCUAUCUGAAACAUGCUCGGAAGCGCUUGCAACCAAUGAUUCAAGGAUUUAAUUUGACUACCUCACGAUUGAUCGACAUGCAAGAAAUGUGCGCCUAUGAGACCGUAGCUCUCGGAUAUUCCAAGUUUUGUGACCUCUUCACUGAGAAAGAAUGGGAAGGAUACGAGUAUUACACCGAUCUUAAUUUUUGGUACAGCAGCGGACCAGGCAAUCCAACAGCAGCAGCGCAGGGUCUUGGCUGGGUUCAAGAACUAGUGUCGCGUCUCACUCACACUCCCAUCAAUGUCUGGAACAGCAGCACCAACGGCACUCUCGAUUCGAACAACAUCACAUUCCCCCUCAAUCAACCGAUAUAUGUUGACGCUACCCACGACACCGUUAUUUCCAGUAUCGUCACUACUCUGAACUUCACCAGUCUAGCUGCAAAUGGUCCUCUGCCAACCAACCAUAUACCCCCUCACCGUUCUUACAUUGCUAGUCAGAUUGCACCCUUUUCCAGCCAGCUUGUAGCGCAAGUACUCAGUUGCCCAGCCUCAGAGGAGCCAACUCAUAUCCGGUUCCUUCUAAAUGAUGGCGUGGUGCCACUGACGGGCAUCCGUGGUUGCAAGAAAGAUUCGAACGGUCUCUGCGCACUGCCCAGUUUCAUCAGCGCAAUGCAUGAACGAAUUGGGCAGAUCGACUAUGCGCAUGAUUGCUUCGUCAAUUAUACCAUGCCCGAUCCCGACAAUAUCAUCGAUGGAAGAUAUCCUAGUUAAAAGGAUGAUUGGGUAAACAGUCGUAUAUACUCUCAAGUUUCCACCUACGGGCGAUCAACCUAAAGAUUCACCCGAACAUUAAAUAAAUUUAAUCAAAUUAAUUUCAAGGCGAGAAAAAAGAGGGAUCACACUUGUGCCGGCGGACACUUGUCUAGCAACGAGCCCGUAGACUUACAACUUGAAACUCUCCAUUAUAUGGCUGGCACGGG